GUGAAUCUGAAGCUUGAUGGAUGUGAUGCAAUUCCGCAGAUAAAAAAGCAUUGCUGCUUGAACAGCUUCACCACCUGCGCCCUCAACCCCCACAGCUUCACUUUGUACCAGCCACUCGUUCAAUGCUGGGUACUGUGACCAGGAGUCUGCAGUGAACAUUGUCUGCUCCCCCACGCAGCCGUUACAGUAAAACCCGCCCAACAUGAUUGCAUCCAGACUGUUCGCGGCUCCAGCUCGUCAGUCCUUGCGAAGGGCUUGCCAACAAAAGCCAUGGGCUGCUGCGACUUUCCAGUUCCAACCUAGACGAUCUAUAGUCACAAAGGAGGAGGAUAAAGUCGCCAAAUUCAAGGGUACAAAAGGUUCAGAUGGCAACUUCACAGUCACAUUAAUAGAAGGAGACGGUAUCGGUCCCGAGAUCUCACAGUCCGUCAAGGAUAUCUACAAAGCUGCCGGCGUCCCUAUUGUUUGGGAGCCCGUAGACGUCACACCUCGCUUGGUGGACGGCAAGACCACCAUUCCAGAUGAAGCUAUUAAAUCGGUGGAAAAGAACUAUGUCGCAUUGAAGGGACCUCUCGCAACUCCAAUCGGCAAGGGCCAUGUCUCCCUCAACCUUACCCUCCGUCGAACAUUCAACCUCUUCGCCAACGUCCGUCCCUGCCGAAGUAUCGAGGGCUACAAGACCGCCUACGACAAUGUGGACACGGUUCUGAUUCGAGAAAACACCGAAGGAGAAUACAGUGGUAUCGAGCACGUCGUCGUGGACGGUGUGGUGCAGUCCAUCAAGCUUAUCACCCGUGUUGCUUCGGAACGAGUUUUGAGAUAUGCGUUCCAAUACGCUCGUGAUAUCAACAAGAAGAAGGUCCGAGUUGUCCACAAAGCAACCAUCAUGAAAAUGUCCGACGGUCUCUUCCUUAGUACAGCAAGAGAUGUUGCAAAGGACUUCCCUGAUAUCGAGUUCGAUGUUGAGCUGCUGGACAACGCUUGCUUGAAGAUCACCACCGACCCAGGCCCAUACUCCGACAAAGUCCUGGUCAUGCCCAACUUGUACGGUGACAUUCUUUCCGAUAUGUGCGCUGGAUUGAUCGGUGGUCUGGGUCUUACACCUUCCGGCAACAUUGGUGACGAGUGCUCCAUUUUCGAGGCCGUUCACGGUUCAGCUCCCGAUAUUGCAGGCAAGGGUCUCGCCAACCCUACGGCCCUGCUUCUCAGCAGUAUCAUGAUGUUGCGUCACAUGAGCUUGAAUGACCACGCGAACAAGAUCGAGAACGCCAUCUUUUCCGCGCUCGCCGAGGGCAAGGCUUUGACGGGUGAUUUGGGCGGCAAGGCCAAGACACACGAAUACGCACAGGCUAUCAUUGACCACCUAUAAAUGAUCGCAUGUGGCAGAUGUAGAUAUCUUGGACUGAAUUAGGUUGUUUCUGAUAGCAAAGCAAGCUGGAAUGAGGCGGGCGCCAAACAUAUUGUUAGUCGAGUAGGGAG